AUAGAAAAGAAGAACAAAGCUAAGCUGGAAAACUGCUGCAUUGUCCCAUUCCAGCUAAUAUUUCAGUAACAAUGUCUUCAGUUCAGCAUCUCAGAGAGUUUAUCAGAGAGAGACUAACUGCUGCUGCUCAAGAAAUCUUCACCGAGGUUGAAAAAACCAUCAUUUGCUACGAGGAGGAGCUCGAUGCUCAGCGCAGAAUGAUGGGGAUCAACUGGAAACCAGAAAUUAAGCUACACAGAAUCGGUUCGGAGCUGCAGAGACAAAGUUCUGACCUCCAAGAGCCAAGUGUCUCCAAUAAGGAGGAAAAUCCUGCCAUCCAACAAGUCUUUAGCCUGGCAAGUAGGUCCAGUUAUGACCAGAAAGAACAUCAGUGGACUGAAGACGGACAGAUGGAACCAGAACCAAAAUGGAUUAAAAAAGAAGAAGAGGAGGAACCAGAACCUGCACUGCUCAAAUAUGAGCAAAUAGAAUAUCCACUAACAUAUGUGAGAAAAGAAGAGCUAGAUUCUUUGUUGCAUCAACAUGAACAGCAGCCACCAGAACAUUUACCAACUGGACAGAACCAGAAGAACCUCUGCAGCAGUCAGGAGGGAGAGCAGCUUGUCCAGAAGCAGUUUGUUGCUUUGAUUGAGACUUCUACUCUUCAGGAAGAUGAUAUGAAUGAAGAAGAGAGAACAGAGCAGCUUUCCCUUCAUAUCUCUCCAGUGGUUGAGAGCAAAGAUCAGGAAGGAAGCAGCUCCUCUGUGUCAGAGAGUCAGGCUGGUACCAGUGCAAAGAAAAAAUCUUUCAAAUGUGACAUUUGUGGGAUAUGUUACCCACAACAGUGUAAAUUAAAAAAACAUUACAGAACCCACACUGGUGAGAGACCUUUUUCAUGUGAAACAUGCGGAAAAAGUUUCUCUUUAAGUUAUGUUUUAAAUCGUCACAAGGCGAUUCAUACAGGUGAGAGGCCUUUUUUAUGCCAUUCGUGUGGAAAAAGUUUCUGUCAAAUUAGUAUUUUAAAUCGUCAUAAGACAAUUCAUUCAAGUGAGAAGCCUUUUUCUUGUCAAACGUGUGGGAGAAGAUUCAAUCGAAGGGAUAAUUUGAACAUUCACAUGAAAACUCAUACAGCUCGGAGACUGCUUUGAAACCAAACUUGUAAAUUAUUGCUUUUAGGCCUGUCGCGAUAAACAAUAAAUCGAUUAAUCGUAGAUAAAUUAAAACCAUCAAUGUCAUUUUAAUUAUCGGCGUUAUUGUCUCUUCCAGCCUUUUUCUCUUUCUGCUGAUGACACCAAAUGAAAAAAGGCUCAACUCCGCUGCUCUCUACUGACCCUCCCAUCCUCAUUUCUUUAGUGUAAUGUCCAGUUCACACUACACCAUCUUAGAGCUGUCGGCCCAUUUUCAAAACCUGAGAGAUCACACAUUAACCGACAGAAAUCCUAGGUAUAACGGUUUGAUC